AUGGCGACCACCACCACCACCACCACAUCUGUCGUCCCCCAAUUCCUCGCCCAGUACGGGAAAGAAGCCUACGUCAAAGGCUGGGCAGACCUUUGGGAACGAGGCGGCGACUAUGUAGACUGGGAUAUGGGAUGCUCAAACCCAGCCCUCGAAGACACCCUCCUCCAACAUCGGUCCAUCCUCGGGGGUCCGAUAACCUUAGACGAGCACGGACGACGAUACCGAAAGAAAGCUCUUGUACCCGGAUGCGGCAGUGGCCUUGAUGUCCUUCUUCUCGCCAGCUUCGGGUACGAUGCGUAUGGUCUGGAAUAUAGUCAUUCGGCAGUGCAGUUGUGCAAAGCGGAGGAGAGCAGAAGCAAAGCGCGGGAUGAUUACCCAGUUCGAGAUGAAGAGGUUGGUCGGGGAAAUGUCACUUUCGUGCAGGGCGAUUUCUUCAAUGAUGCAUGGCUAGAAGGGCUAGGGCUUGGACGGGGAGAAUAUGACGUGAUUUAUGACCACUCGUUCUUCUGCGCACUAGACCCAUCCCUCCGUCCUCAAUGGGGUCAGCGAAAAGCACAACUCCUCGCUCCAACCGGUCGUCUAAUCUGUCUCGAAUACCCUCGACAUCUAGAUCCUUCGGAAAUGGGACCGCCGUACAUGGCACUAUCGGAGGAUUACCUUGAGCAUCUCACUCAGCCCGGCCUUCAACGUGUGGUAUAUUGGGAGCCUGACCGGACGCAUGCCAACGGAAUUGAUGCGCAGGGUGUUAUUCAAGAUCGGGUUUCGAUUUGGUGUUGGUGA